AUGGCGCCGGAACGCGUUUGUCUUGCCUACUCAGGUGGCCUUGACACUAGUACAAUUCUCCGGUGGUUGGUUUUGCAAGGCUAUGAGGUCGUGUGCUUUCUUGCCAAUUGCGGCCAGGAGGAGGACUUCGAGGCUGUGCAGUCCAAGGCCAUUAAGCUCGGGGCUGAGCGCAUGAUCAUCCAGGAUGUCCAACAGGAGCUUAUUGACGAACUGGUCUGGCCUGCCAUUCAAUGCAACGCAAUCUAUGAGGACCGAUAUGACCUGCUCGGGACGAGUCUUGCCCGCCCGGUGAUUGCCAGGGCGAUGGUCAAGGUCGCGAAGGAGUAUAACUGCACGAUCCUGAGCCACGGAUGUACCGGCAAGGGUAACGAUCAAGUUCGCUUUGAGCUGGCAUGGAAGGCCUGCGACCCCACCCUGAAGGUUCUCGCUCCGUGGCGUAUGCCGGAGUUCUACAACCGAUUCGCAGGACGUGCGGAUCUACUCAAGUUCGCUGCCGAGCAAAACAUCCCCGUUAGCUCUACGCCCAAGGCCCCCUGGUCCAUGGACGACAACAUCAUCCACUGCAGCUAUGAGGCCGGAAUCCUCGAGCAAACAGACAUGGAGCCCCCGAAGGAUAUGUGGAAGCGCACUGUUGAUCCGAUGAAGGCUCCUGACGCGCCGACACCCUUCACCGUCCAUUUCGAAGAAGGCGUUCCCGUCAAGCUUGAGGUCGGCGGCAAGGUCAUCACCGGCUCGCUGGAGAUUUUCAAGGAAGCAAAUGAGAUCGGCCGGGCUAAUGGAAUCGGACGUGUCGACAUUGUCGAGUCCAGGUUUAUCGGCCUGAAGAGUAGGGGCUGUUACGAUACUCCGGGCCUAACGAUUCUUCGACAGGCUCAUCUGGAUCUUGAAGGACUCGUCAUGGACUCCAAGGUACGCUCCAUCCGCGACCGUCUUUCGAAGGACUGGUCAGACGCGAUCUACAACGGCAUGUACUUCAGCCCUGAACGGGAGUUUGUCCAGCAUGCCAUCAAGUUCUCACAGCGUCAAGUCGAGGGCAAGGUAAGUCUCGUCGCCUAUAAGGGUUGCGCGUACGUCGUUGGACGUUCCAGCGAGACCUCCAACCUCUACUCUGCCGAUGAGAGCAGCAUGGACACUCUAGACAUGAACUGGACGCCCCAAGACGCGUCGGGCUUCAUCUCCAUACAAUCUAUCCGCCUCGAGAAGUACGGUGCAAGGAAGAUCAAGGACGGCGAGCCCCUUGCCCGUGUCUGA